AUGGCAGCGACAGUGGGAUCUCUUUUCUCUUUGAGUGGCAGAACUGCCCUUGUUACUGGAGGCACACGAGGCAUUGGCCAGGCUAUGGCCUUUGCCCUGGCCGAAGCGGGCGCCGAUAUUAUUCUGGUUCAGCGAGAUGCCUCCAACACAACUACCAAGGACGAGAUCAUCAAUCGCCUUGGUCGCAAAGCCUAUAUCCACGUUGCUGAACUGUCAGACCGAAAGGCAGUUAAGGAUAUUGUACCGGCAGUAGUGGAUCAGGGACUCAAGCCAGACAUUCUCUUGAACUGUGCGGGUAUUCAGCGCAGACAUCCUAGCCACCAGUUCCCCGAUGAGGACUGGGAUGAGGUCCUAGAGGUCAACCUCUCAUCCGUCUUUGUUCUCUGCCGUGAAUUCGGCGCCUAUCUGCUGUCUCGCGACGCAUCCGAGUUCCCCUCCGGCCGCCGUGGCUCCAUUAUCAAUGUCGCUUCCCUCCUGACCUUCCAGGGUGGUAUCACUGUCCCCGCUUAUGCAGCAUCCAAGGGUGGUAUUGGACAGCUCACCAAGGCCCUCUCUAACGAGUGGAUCAGUCAGGGCAUCAAUGUCAACGCCAUUGCCCCCGGAUACAUUGACACUGAUAUGAACGUGGCCCUGAUUAAUGACGCUAACCGCAAUGCUGGUAUUAUGGCUCGAAUCCCCGCUGGUCGGUGGGGUAAACCGGAGGAUUUCAAGGGCGUGGUUGUCUUCCUGGCCAGCGCCGCUAGCAGCUAUGUUUCAGGCGAUGUGAUUACUGUGGACGGUGGCUGGAUGGGGCGGUAA